GCACGUACAUAAUAUUAUAGGACAUGAGUUUAGUGUUGUGAACUGUUGUGUUUGUGUACAUUUUUGUAGGUGGACCGUGGUUAACCUGUCACUACUGUGAGCUGUGGUUGUGAGUUUUUGUUGCGAUCGUCAUAUCGGGGUUCAAGGUCAAAUUCUUAUUAUUAUUUUGUUAAAACUGAAGUUUCUGUUAUCCAAUCGACCGAAUUUAUUACGUCAUCGCUUCUACUACUUAAAUUAUACGGUUUGCUGUAUCAUUGCCCUAUUUCGUAGUAGACACACAGUGCGCACGAACAUGUCGACAGCCGGAAAAGUUAUUAAGUGUCAAGCGGCCGUAGCAUGGGAGGCCGGCAAGCCCCUAUCCAUCGAAGAGAUCGAAGUAGAUCCUCCGAAAGCCGGUGAAGUGCGUGUGAAGAUUGUGUCGACUGGUGUCUGCCACACCGACGCCUACACGCUCUCCGGAAAGGAUCCCGAGGGCGUGUUCCCCGUAGUGCUGGGACACGAGGGCGCCGGUGUCGUUGAAAGCGUCGGCGAGGGUGUCACCACCGUCAAGCCCGGAGACCAUGUUGUGCCUUUAUAUGUACCGCAGUGCAAAACAUGUGAAUACUGCCUGAACCCCAAAACCAACCUGUGCCAGAAAGUGCGCAUCACACAAGGCCAGGGCGUCAUGCCCGACGGCACCCGCCGUUUCCGCUGCAAGGGACAGGAACUCUACCACUUUAUGGGAUGCUCCACCUUCAGUGAAUAUACUGUUGUUCUAGAAAUUUCCUUGUGCAAAGUAAAUGAGUCUGCAGAAUUCGACAAAGUCUGCUUGUUGGGUUGUGGAGUGCCUACUGGUUAUGGAGCAGCUCUGAACACAGCUCAAGUAGAGGCUGGAUCUAACUGUGCUAUAUUUGGUCUUGGCGCUGUGGGUCUUGCUGUGGCUCUUGGAUGCAAAGCAGCUGGAGCCAAGCGUAUUAUUGGAGUUGACAUCAACCCUGCCAAAUAUGAGGUGGCUAAAAAGUUUGGAGUCAAUGAGUUUGUUAACCCCAAGGACUAUGAGAAACCUAUCCAGCAGGUGCUGGUUGACCUGACUGAUGGAGGUCUAGACUACACUUUUGAAUGUAUUGGUAAUGUUAACACCAUGCGCGCUGCUCUGGAGGCCUGCCAUAAGGGAUGGGGAGUGUCUGUUAUCAUUGGUGUAGCUGCAGCUGGUGAAGAGAUCAGCACCAGGCCAUUCCAGCUUGUGACAGGACGCACCUGGAAGGGAACAGCUUUUGGUGGAUACAAGAGCAGAGAUAAUGUGCCAAAACUGGUUGAAGAAUACUUGGCUGGCAGACUGCCACUGGAUGCCUUUGUCACUCACAGCGUCCCUCUCUCAGAGAUCAAUGAGGCAUUCCACUUGAUGCACAUUGGUAAAUCCAUCCGUGCCGUGGUACAGUUGUAAUAUUAAGUAAACCAUAUUUUUGUAAGCAUUUAUGUUAUUGUUUCUGUUACUGCAUUUGUAAGUGAUAUUCUGUCAAACACUAUAUCCAAUAUUUAUAUAAACCAAACCAAAUUGAUGCAAA